GCUGGCAGAGGCCAGUCGACGUGCUGGUUUAUCGGCGUUUUAUCCGGAGGUCAUCCGGAUAAGGACAUUACGCACCGUGUUUCGCUCUUGAGGCGAAGCUACUGUCUGAUCUGCGCCUGGCAUGACCUACCUCCAGCGUGCAUCGAGCUACCAGCCGCCCAAGUCGUCGCUCUCUGUGUGCUCGGACGCCGACUCGGACUACUAUGCGGAGCUGCGCCACACGACGCCGGCCAUGAACCCGCGCCUCAAGUCCAAGGUGCUCAGCCUCGAGGACCUCCGCGCGACGACCGCCGUCGACGACAUGCCGUCGUUCCAGAGCGGGCCGGAUGCGAUCCCGAUCCUCGAAGAGUCGGUCACGUACGACGUCAACCUGCGCCAGAAGGGCGUCAUCUACUCGGGCGUACUGUACCGGCGGCGGCGCGGCCCCAUGCAGCACUGGCUCGAGCGAUGGACGCUGAGCCACUUUGUGCUCACGUGGAACUGCCUUCGGUACUACAGCCAGAACGGCGAGAAGCUCCGUGGCGAGAUCGACCUCUCGCACUGCAACGAGCAUUCGAUCGAGGUGCUACCGGUCGACUCGGUCUUCAACGGCCGCCAAGCGACGCUGUGGCGCUUCGCCGUUCGCACGCGGACGCGCCGCCUCAUCAUGUCAGCCAUGACCGAGUUUGAAAUGAACGUGUGGGUCAAGCACCUCCUGCUUGCGAUGGGCCUCGACGCGUCCAAGCAGGUCGCGUUCUUCAACCGCAUGAACCGCGCCGACUCGGAGGACGUUCCGAUCGCCGACUUUGCCGCCUUGGACACGGCUCAAGCCUCGAUGGUAUUCGACGAUGACAAUGGCAGCAGCGAGCAUGACUCGUCCCGGGACGUGAGCUUCUGCUCUGCGGACAGCGUCGUGCUGGCCUCGGACGUGUAGAAUUGGUUUUUUAUAUUAAAAUAAUAUCGGCGCUGUUUUUAUUCCAA